GAUCCUCGCUGCCUUGGACACGUCUCUGACUUCGAUUCUGAGAUGUUGUACUAAAGAAUCAGACUUUAUCAUCAGUGUGAGCUAACCUGGUUUUAAAUUUGGACACAGCUGAACUCGUCUUCGCUGCACAAUGGUUCAAGGUGUUUCAGAGAUAGCCGCAAUGUGUGUUGGCCUGAUUGGGCUGAUCGGGGCGGCGGCUACUACAGGGAUGCCCAUGUGGAAGGUGACAGCUUUCAUUGGAGAGAACAUUAUUGUGAUGGAAACCCGCUGGGAGGGCUUGUGGAUGAACUGCUACCGACAGGCCAACAUCAGGAUGCAGUGCAAGGUGUACGACUCCCUACUGUUCCUGCCCCCAGAGUUACAGGCAGCCAGGGGUCUGAUGUGCUGUUCUGUGGCCUUGUCCGGGAUGGGGCUCCUUGUGGCUCUGGCAGGAAUGCGGUGCGUUUCCUGUUUUCAGGGUAAUGACUGGGCUAAGACCAUUAUCCUGAUGGUUGCAGGUGGUAUGCAGUUCAUGGCCUGCAUUUGUGUCUUUAUUCCUGUGUCAUGGACAGGUCAUGUCAUCAUUAAGGAUUUUUACAACCCUUUGCUAAUUGAUGCUCAGAGGAGGGAGCUGGGAGAGGCUCUUUACAUCGGUUGGGUGACUGGUGCCUUCCUUUUCGCCUCAGCCAUGUUGUUUGUCUGCCGCCGUUUGCCCUCAAACAAAGGCUCAUUCGUUGUGUACCACCCAGACAACUUGCUCAGUUACAAGCCAGCACCCAGCAAGCCAACUCUGAUGAGGUAUCAUCCUAUCUCGACUCUAUCCAGCCUCCGAUCCGCUCCGUACCAGCCUUCUCUGCAGGACAACGGCUCUGUUGGGCAACAACUUGUGCCGCCACUACAAAAUGUCCCUCAAGUAAUGACAAAUGAUGGAGCGCUAAUCAACCCUCAUGCUGUCUAUAACCCAGGUCUGCCUGAGAAUGCAUCAUUGCUAUACCAAGGCAGCAUGGCUCACCAUUCUUCUAUGCGGAGUUCUCACCAUGUUGGAAGCCUGUAUACGCCGGGAAGCACGUUGUACGUAAGCCAAAACCCUACGCCAUAUUCACAGACUUAUACCAGCAAUCCCACUAUGUCCUUCCAGUCUAGUUUUCAUCCGGUUCCACAUACUCCUGUUUUCAUAGGAUACCAAGCAUCACGAAUUCAACCUGAGUCUCACAGUGGGGGCAGAGCUGGUGUGUACAUAUAAAGAAAAAUCACGUUUGAGUUUUUGUAGAUGCCUGACCUUUACAGACACAAAGCAUUAUUAUUGUAUUGUCUAUCGUCACAAGUUAAUUUAAACUGCUACACAUUAGUGGUAAGAUUAUGGUAAAAUAUGUUAUCUCUGCUUGUAUUGGGAUUAUCCUGGUGCCCAGACUAAAUAGGAUUUAAAACUGUUUCCUACUUUUUGCUAUUUUUAAAUUUGUAUUGUUAAAAAAGGACGAUCAGAUUAAGCUUAACUGCUGUUGUUAUUAGUGUAAAUAAAGGUGACAUUAUGCUGUUUUCAUUAAGCUCUGAAAUGGAUUUCUGAGAACUCAUCUGUUUGAAGCAUCGUAGCCUUAUGUUUUGCAUCUUUGUUACCAUCUGUUCAUUACAUUUUUAAAUUUGCUGUGGUUAUCAUUGUACAUAUUUCAACCUGUUAAGAGUGUUUCCUGCACAUUGCCCACGUUUGCUGCUAGGAUAGGCUAUCUGUGUAGCAGUACAGAAAUAAACAGGUUAACUAAACAAAUUCAUUUCAGUGAAAAAUUGUUAAAAAUUCAAAACAAAAAAAAAGGAUAAAUAUCACUUAAUACCUUAUAGUAACAGUAAAGGUGUUGCUUUAAAGCCUAUUCUUAGUGUUGUCUGAACUCAAACUAUAUACAGUAUACUGUAAAAAAAAAAAAAAAAAAAAGGACUGCCUGGAUGGGCCGUCACAGACACAUAGAUGAGAGCUAUUGAACCAGGCUUAAGUUUGUUAAUCUGCUUUGGAUCAACAACAGCACAUACAUGAUGUGUUGUGAUCAUUGCUCGACAAAAGCAACCAUACACAGGCAGUAACCCCUGACAACGCUAGCACGAAGGUGGCCUGACCAAUCCUAGACAAAGUCCUUAUUCACCACUAGAUGGCACCAGAGAACAUGCUGAAUGUCACAGGAGUAAUGCCACUGAGGUGAAACUGCAACUUAAUUAUUUGAAGCUGAACAACUUCAUAUUAAGAUAAUAAACCAAUAACAGGAAAACCUGGUUUAAGAGAAGGCCAAAUAGUCAAAUGAUAAACAUGGUGGAGUGAGUGCAUUAUUAUUAUGAUUAUAAAUGAUUAUUAUCUAUAAUAAAGAAAGUGGUGAUUGUGCAUGGCCAUCACAGCUCUGGCUCAUUCAGUGCUGUAGCCAAAUAUGCUGCCAUGGAAGUUUUAGCAGCUCAGGGCAGGACAGUAGAGGUAUCUGACAUUUACACAUGUUAAGAAUGCUGAUCACUUCUGUUAUGCAGAGGAGACCAAACUGGCAUGGGAGGCAGGAAAACUGUUGAUAUCACUGAUUAUACAGCUUUCUUAUAGUCUUCGUCUUUCAGCAGUA